AUGGUUAUAACAAAAAAUCAUUCAAUAAGUCGAUCCUCUAGUUGUUUACGAAAGUAUCGAAUACUGUUUGUAUUUGGUAUUACUGUACUAUGUGUACAAAUUUAUUUAGCUCAUACAUUUUUUGGACUGGAAAUUCGAAAUCGAAAAUUUAAUCGAUUGUCUUCAGCAGAAGAUUUAUCUCAAACUGUAGAAGAUGAAGGUUUACCAAAAGGUUUACGUCAAUUGAAGCUUCCACCUGACAAAAAUAGUAAUUCAAAUAAGAUUUUACAAUUUCAGCAGAACCGUACUACUAGAAUAAAAUUAGAUCGUAAAUCAUUGAAUUUUACACCACCUUGUGAAUUUACUGGCAGAGAAGCAGUGAGUGCAGUAACACGUGCACAAAGUCAAGUAUGCAAACAACGCAUUGUCAAUGUGACGUGCCUUAAUCAACAGGGAUUAUUAUACCCAGAAAGAAUACAAUCUCUGUGCCCUCAUUCUCCAGGAUUUAUAGAUAAACCAGUCAGUUUAGGGUGUUUUAAAGAUGAUAAAAUAUUAAGAAUACUUUCGGGUUAUUACCAUGUUUUUAAAGGGAACAAUUCUCCAGAACGCUGUGCUUUCUUGUGUCUUCAAUCAGGAUAUUUGUAUGCUGGUAUUGAAUAUUCCGUUGAAUGCUUUUGUGGAAUGGAAAAACCAUCUCAGUUAAAACAAUUACCAGAUUCUAGUUGUAAUAUGAAAUGUUCUGGUAAUCCAAAAUAUUCUUGUGGUGGAUAUUUAACAAUUAAUGUAUUUUGGACUGGAAUUCAAAGAUUCAAGGCACAAGAAGCUCGAAAUACAAGUACAGAUAUUGAAAAUGAAAAAUCUGCUCGAAUAGCAUAUUUAUUAACAGUAAAUGGCAGAGCCAGUCGUCAAGUAAAACGACUUAUCAGUAUUCUUUAUCACCCUUCACAUUUAUUUUAUAUUCAUGUCGAUGCGCGACAAGAUUAUCUUUAUCGAGAAAUGUUAGAAGUGGAAAAAUCAUGCAAACCAAAUAAUAUUAAAGUAGCAAGAGGAGAAAAUUUAAGACAUGCAAGCAUUUGGGGAGGUGCAAGUCUUUUAACAACUUUCUUAAAAUCUGCACAACAAAUGCUUGCACAUCAUCAUCAUUGGGAUUUCUUAGUCAAUUUAUCAGAAUCUGAUUUUCCUAUAAAAAGCAAUGCGCAGUUAACUCAAUUUCUUAGUUUGAAUAAAGGAAUGAAUUUUGUAAAAUCUCAUGGAAGAGAAGUUCAACGUUUUAUUACCAAACAAGGUUUGGAUAAGACCUUUGUCGAAUGUGAAACUCGUAUGUGGAGAAUAGGUGAUCGUAAAUUACCAGAUGGUAUUCAGGUAGAUGGUGGUAGUGACUGGGUAGCUUUAAGCAGAGAAUUUGUAGAGUAUGUUGCUAAUCCAAAUCCAGAUACAUUAGUGACUGAUCUCUUAAAAAUGUUUAAGUACACUUUAUUACCUGCAGAAUCCUUUUUUCAUACAGUUUUACGUAACUCAAAAUUCUGUAAUACCUAUAUAGAUAACAAUUUACAUGUUACUAAUUGGAAAAGAAAGUUAGGUUGCAAAUGCCAGUAUAAAGCUGUGGUUGAUUGGUGUGGCUGCAGUCCAAAUGACUUCAAACUUGAGGAUUUUAGCAGAAUUCGAAAUACAAUAGAUCGUAAUUUGUUUUUUGCUCGAAAGUUUGAAUCUAUUAUUGACCAAAGAAUUAUAGACAGGGUAGAAGAGUGGUUGUACCCUGAAAAUUUAAAUAAAACCGUUAAUGCAAAAGGUUAUGAUGCAUAUUGGCAAAAUUUAUACCACACAGCAGAUUUGAGUCCUCUGACUGAUGAUGCACAAUUGACUAUUUCAAAUUCCUUAGCAAGAUUGAUUUUUCGUAAAUUAAAUGUAGAUUACAGAGAUAUACAUCUUUUGGAAACAACUGCCUAUUUUAAACAAAAUCAGUUUGUUGGAAUAUUAAUUCUUGCAGAAGCUACAUUGCAACGAAUUGUUGAGCCAGAAUAUAUGGAACAAAUAGAAUCUUUAAUUUACUUAAGGCACAACUUUUCAACUAGUACAGAAUGGUUAGGAAAAAUACAAAGUUUAUCUGUUAAUACUGAUUAUGAUCAAAAAGAAAAAACAUUUAGAAAUUUAAUGGGGAGCAUAGGACCAUAUUCAUAUCCAGUUUUAUCAUAUGAAUUUGAUACUGGAGUUACAACACCACAAAAUCUAUCAAUACUGUGGGUAGAUCCUUAUGGUCGAUUAGCGGAUGUUAACUAUAUACAGCUUGAAGAAAUGACAUUAACAGGGUAUGUUAGACCACAAUUAAAUGAACACUUGGUUGUGGGUACUUGGCAUCUAUUCUUAGUUUCUGAUUCUGUAUUAGUAGCAAGAAUGAAUUUUUUGGUGACUCCAUUAGAAUACUGGAAAAAUAAAAAAAUUGAUGCAGAAAAAGCUAAAGAAGUAAAUAAUGCAUCUAGUAAUAGUUAUCAUAUUACUGAAGAAAUGAACAAAAAGUGGUCACAUUUAUUAAAUUCCGUAAAUUUUUACGAACGAACUACUGAUAUGACAGAUAAUGAAAUAAAAAUUAAUUCUAACUUGGAUAAAUGGAUAGACAAGUUAGUGCAAGAACAUUAUGAAAUUGAUAAAAUGUGCAAUGUUAAUGAUACUAAAUUAAAAUUACAAAAGUGUAUUAAUACUUACUGGAGCUCAUUGAGCCCAGAUUUAAAGGCUGAUAUUAAUAACCUAUGUUAA